AUGCUUAAAUUUUUAAUAUACAUAAUUGGAAAAUAUGAAAAAAUAUAUUCCUUAUUUCCUAAAUGUAAACAAUAUAUGAAGGAUGAAGCAAGUACUUUUACGAGUUCCUACAACAAUGAAUGUAGUCAAAUUAAAGUAAAAUUUUCAGAUAUAACAGAUUCCAAUGUUUUAAAUAUAUGCCAUAAAUCUAUAAAUUUUUUAUUCCAAAUAUUUACUUCACCUGAUGAUUCAUUGAAAAAUGUUGCUGUACAAUACUUGUAUUAUUGGAUAAAUCAGAAAGAACAGACAAAAGUAGUGGAUAUUACAAGAAUCAAUGAAUUUUAUAAAGAAUUGAUUAGUAUUGUUAAGAAAAAUAUAUUAUCUUUCGAGUAUUAUAAUAUUUACCUAGAGUAUGAUAUUGAUGAUUUACAAAUCAUCAACGAUAUAUAUAAUAUUAUAACAUCCAUUAAAAAUAUAAUACAAUCUGAUAAUAUAAAUUGUGAUGGAAAAGAAAAACAUUGUGCAAAAGAAUGCGAAGAAAGAUAUAAUCGUCUCUAUAAUAUAUGCAAAGACAAGCAUAAUACUGAUUUAUGUAAUGAAUUAAAAAAUAUUAGAAAAAAACUUCAUGAUCAUAAUAUUAUUAAUAAAUAUAAUAUAAGUAUACCAGAAAUGAUAUCUUAUUUGGAAAGACAAGAUAUAAUACUUCCUAUUUUAAUUCCUAUUGUUAUAACCUUAUUAGUAUCAUGUCUUUUAUUUUAUAUAUAUAAAGUUAAUAAUAAAUAUAUAUAUUUACCCAAUAAUGAAAUUUUCACACCACAUGGUACACUCUUGCAAUAUGCUGUAAAAAGUAUAAGAAAUAAAUUUAAAAAUACAUAUAAGGUAUUGGAUACAAAGCAUUCAUAUGAAAAUUACGACAACUCAUGGGAAACAGGAUAUAAUGUGUUAUAUAAUUCUGCUUAG